UUAUGAUAUAUACACAACACAAAUCAAGUUUAUCAUUUAUUCGCAGUAACAGUUCCAAAAACUGAAUAGAUCAAUGUCACUUUCGGAGAGGAGCUAAAAAUUAGUGGGUUUUGUUUUUCUUUGGGGCCCAUUCGUAAAAGGUAUAUACUAAAUUCUUUAUUAUUAGGGUUGAGUCCGUGUGCAACCGAAACAGCCCUAGGGAUUCCCUUCUACUUGAAACCCGAAUCCGAUCUCGAUGGACGACAAGACGGCGGGUGGUAAGAUUGUCAUGAAUAAGGAGCAACUGCUUUUGUUUAUGGAAAACAGGCGGAAGCAGGAGGAUCACCGUCUCGCUCUCGCCAAGGAAGCCACCAGAUCUGAGAUGGUUGACCGGAAGGCCAGCGGUAAGAUAAUCAUGAAUCAUGAUCAGCAGCUUAUGUUUAACGAGGAUCACCGUCUCGCCGUCAAGAAAGCCAGCAGAUCUGAGAUGGUUGACCUGGAGGGGAUGGGUUCGGAGGCGAGUGUAAUAAUGAGUAAUGUUCCACAGCCAACUUCUUUUAGCGAGGAUCACAAGCUCGCCAUCAAGAACAUCAUAUCUAAGAUUGUCAAGGAGAUCCGCGAUAGAGAUCACCCCGCUUAGUAUCUAAGCCUUGGUCCUACUCCUAUAUCUGACAUUGAAGAUUACUUUUCUCUUACGUUUCCAUUCACGACUAAGUGUUUUAGUCAGUGUAUUCUUAUAUUCUUAAACGGAGUCCUGAUCCAAAGUUUCAACAAGUCUAAUUAAAGCCCUCUUUCUUUUUCAUUUUGCUUUCAAAUAAGGACUUGUGUUUCCUCUUAUCUUCGUGGGAGUUAUAGAUUUUAAUAAUAAGAAAUACCAUUAAAAGAGAAUAUCUCUUCUCUUCUUAGUAUUCA